AUGUCGAGCGAACCUUCAAGAAGGCACAUCCGUAGGCUAGCUAGUGCACUGCCACUCUGUCUUCAAUUCGCCGCCGCGGGCGAGUUCCACUACGGCGCCACCGGCGUCCGCGAACCGCCGCCGUGGCCGUGGGCGAUCAAAGUGCACCAAGACAUCUUCCACACGCUGAUGCUCCAAAAGCUGAAAGCGCAGAGGGCGCCCGCGCUGCCGACGCCGGAGGGCAACGCGGCGCAGUACCAGGCGGUGUCGCGCAUCGACGGCGUGCUCAAGGCGCUCCACGCGUUGCGCGCGCAGGGCGACCGCUCCGUCCGCGGCGCGCGUCUGCUCGGGAUAACGAACGAGGAGAGCAGUCAAACGCGCGUGGACGACCCGCCGCAGGCGGUCAGAGACGCGGUGAAGAUCGCCGGAAAACACGCGGCGUUGUGUCGCGCGGUGUUUCUCGUGAGCGAGUCGCCCAAGGCGCUGCGCGCGGCGCGGCAGCAGCGGUCGAUCCUCGCGUCCGGCGUCGACGGCUGCGCGGCGUUUCUCGAGGAGCUCAUCGCGGAGAUGUGGGGCGAGACGCUCACCGCGAGCGCCAAGCCGUGGGCGAACGGCGUCGGCAGCGGCGUCCGACGCGAGCGCGGCGACGGCACGGAUGGCGAUCGCUCCGGCGACGGCGAUCGCUCCGGGGCGCCCGGGGGUCGCGUGUCGUCCUUCGACGGCACGCUCGACGGCGUCGGGAGCGACCGCGAGGGCGCGGAGAUGUCCGAGGACAUCGCGGGUCCCAGGACGCUCCCCGUCCCAGGGUCGCCGGACAGCCGCGCCGCGCGCGCGGAGGGCGACAGCGAGCUGCCGUCGGACUCCGAGCGCGGGUCGCUGGGGAGCCUCGGCGGCGGGAGCAUCGCGGACGGCGCGUGCUCGGGCGACGAGGCGCAGCAGCCGCCGCCGAUCGCCGUCCACGCGAGCGUGGGACCGAAUGCAGCGUGGGGCACCAUGGGGACGUCGUCCACGCCGACGACGUCGCACACGACGAGCAACGGGGGUCCCGACGGCGUCGACGGCGGAGGCGAGACGACUUCCCUGGACGGCGACGACGACGGCGACGACGAGCGCGGGAGCGAGCAGGGCGGCGGGUCGAGCGUGCGCGGCGGCGGCGAAUUCGGCGGCGGCGGGAACGGCGACGCGCGCGUCGGCGGCGGCGCGUUGCAGCGCCUCUCCUCGGGAUCGAGCCUCGGCGACGUCGGCGAGGCUGGCGGGACCACGAGCGAGGGCGAAGGCGACGAGCUGUACCACGCUCACCGCCAUCACCACCACCACCACCACCACCACCACCGCGGGUCCUCCGCGAAGGGCCGUCAUCACGCGAUGAGCCCCGGGCAUCACGCCCAUCACGACCGCGGAGGCAGUGGCGACCAUCACGACUCUCGCCGCGGCGGCGGCGGCUCGGGAUCCAACCCCGUCGUCCCCGGCGUCUCCCUCUCCGGUGUCGUCUCCGGCGUCGCCGGCGACAGCGGCGGCGGCCACGGCGCGUCGUCGCACCACGCGGGGGGCGGGCACUGGCGCGGCGCGCACGGCGGCGGAUCCCGGCGCGGCCACGGCUCGCACUCGUCUAGCGCUCACCUCCGCAAGUCGGUGCGCUUCGCGACGACCAUCGACGACGGCGGGCAGCGCACGGGCAGCCGCGGGCGGUACUCCCCGCCGCCGAGCCCGCCGAGAGAGAGCGAGGACGCGCGCGAGCUGGACCCGCGCGAUCACGUCGUGCAUCAUCGCGGCGGGCCGCUGCCGUCGUCGCUGUCGUCGCGGCAGAGCAGAGAGGACACGCCGCCGGGGGGGAACAUGCACGCGAUGCUCGCGCCGCCCGUCGUCGCGCGCGCGGCGAGAGAGGACACGCCGCCCGCGGGCGCGGGACACGGCGGCGGGAGCAUCGACUCGACCGCGACGGGGGACGGCGCUGAGGUGCGUUCUAUACACUGGUCCCCAUACGACCGCGUCGGCGUGGUGAACGCCGUCCCUUAA